UUUUAACCCAAUAUAGGACUCCAUUCUGUUGUGGGAACAACGCAAUAAAUAAGGACACGAGACCAGUUUCACAUUUAAACAUUAGCUGUUGUAUCAAAGCAGCCAUCGUCUCCAAUGCGUAAGAGGCAGGGACCUAUUUGGUGAAAAACAUUGCUCAUUGGCGAACAAGGAAGAAAAUCCCGCCCAUCAGAUCGCUAAACAAGUCCCGAUUGGUAGUUGUAAUUUGUAGGAGCCAUGGCCCGUACCAAGCAGACAGCCCGUAAAUCUACUGGAGGAAAAGCCCCACGUAAGCAGCUGGCCACCAAAGCUGCCCGCAAGAGUGCCCCUUCUACUGGUGGGGUCAAGAAGCCCCAUCGCUACAGGCCUGGUACUGUGGCCCUGCGUGAGAUCCGUCGGUACCAGAAGUCCACUGAGCUGCUGAUCCGCAAGCUGCCCUUCCAGCGCCUGGUGAGAGAAAUCGCUCAGGACUUCAAGACUGACCUGCGUUUCCAGAGUGCAGCCAUUGGAGCCCUGCAGGAGGCCAGUGAGGCUUACCUGGUUGGUCUGUUUGAGGAUACCAACUUGUGCGCCAUACACGCCAAGCGUGUCACCAUCAUGCCCAAAGACAUCCAGCUGGCCCGUCGUAUCCGUGGGGAGCGUGCUUAGACGCCUCCAUAUUUUUACCUCAGUCUGUCUUUUCCUCCCUUCCACUUAUCCUUAUAAGGCGCUUGAUUUGAGUAAUGAUGUGACACAAGUAAAGUGUGUGUGUAGUUUUGUUCCCCUUAGUUCUCAUAGCAGCAGACUUUUAGGGUACUUUGUAUCUGUUUUGAAGCUGAUCUGAGUCACACCUUUUAAUGUGUAUGCAACUCCGGACAGCAAAGGGUGCAUGCAUGAAGCAUCUUGGGCAAGCAUUUCUCCCUCCUACUAUUGAUACUAUUACAUUAUAACAGGGUUGGUUUUCUAAUUGAUAUACAUGGUGUUUUUACAUGUACCCUUUAUUAUAAUUUUUUUUUUUACAACUAGUGUUUCUACUGUUUACAUGAUACAUUUACAAAUGGGUAAUUCUGUUCUGAAAUUGAUCAAUAAAAACAUGACUUUGCAUGAUUCAAA